AUGAGUUUUCGUAAUUUGGUUUUGAAGACUUUAGGCGCAACGGACGCUAGGCUGGCGAUGAAGGUAGCGUCGAAACAGAUGGCCAUGCUCUCUCCUUUGGUAUUAAGGAGCAGUACGCAUUUUGGUAGGAUUAAGAUGGGGAGGUCGUAUUAUUAUCGCGGUAUACAUACAUCUCCCAUUUUAAGUGAUAGCGCCAAGGAAGUUAAGCCUGAAAAUGUGUCUACCGAGGGGCCUGUUGUACACUCUGUAUUAGCGGAGAAAGAGCAGGAAGCGAAUAAGGAUCUAUCUAAUGCUGAAGCCCAAGCCAAUUUCUAUAAGUUACUUUUAAGUUCUAACUACCCUCAAUAUGUGGUUUCACGGUUUGAAACACCAGGAAUUGCUUCUUCUUCUGAAUGUCUAAAAUUGUACAUGGAGGCGUUGCAACGGGUUGGUAGAGUUGCUGAUGCAGAGAACGUCAGGCAAUCUUUAGUGAUGCCAGAUUCUGCAGGUGUAAUACCACCUGCAAUGAACCAUAGCGCAGGAGGUUCAUCACAAGCCUCAUAUUACCCUACAUCCCCUUCACAUGUUCCAGGCUAUGGUUCAAGAAAAGAGCCGCUACAUGUUGUAGUGACAGAAUCGACCUUUACGAUUAUUUCUAGAUGGAUCAAGUGGAUUAUUGUGUUUGGAACCGUUACAUAUGGUUUAUCUGGAGUAUUUAAGUUCGUUUCAGAGAACACCACCUGGAAGACUUCUGAAACCGCUGAUAAGUCUGUUGAUGUUGCUAAGACAAACGUAAAGUUUGAGGAUGUUCGUGGUUGUGAUGAGGCUCGUGCAGAAUUGGAAGAAAUUGUAGAUUUCUUGAAAGACCCUACUAAAUACGAAUCUCUUGGUGGAAAUUUGCCCAAGGGUGUAUUGUUGACAGGCCCACCAGGGACAGGUAAGACACUGUUAGCAAGAGCAACAGCAGGUGAAGCAGGCGUUGAUUUCUUCUUUAUGUCAGGUUCUGAAUUCGAUGAAAUUUACGUAGGGGUAGGUGCAAAGCGUAUACGUGAGCUUUUCGCUCACGCUCGUGCACAUGCUCCAGCCAUUAUUUUCAUUGAUGAAUUAGAUGCCAUUGGUGGGAAGCGUAACCCGAAGGAUCAAGCCUACGCCAAACAAACUUUGAAUCAGUUGCUGGUUGAAUUAGACGGUUUCUCUCAAAGUAGCGGCAUCAUCAUUAUUGGUGCUACUAACUUUCCUGAAUCUUUGGAUAAGGCGCUAACCAGACCUGGUAGAUUUGAUAAAGUUGUAACCGUUGAUCUCCCAGAUGUCCGCGGACGUGCUGAUAUUUUGCAACAUCACAUGAAAAAAGUCACUUUGGCUGCUGGGGUAGAUCCUUACAUUAUUGCUCGUGGUACGCCAGGUUUAUCAGGUGCCGAAUUGAUGAACUUAGUCAAUCAAGCUGCUGUGUACGCAUGCCAACAAAAUGCUAUUGCUGUUGAUAUGUCUCAUUUAGAAUGGGCCAAAGAUAAGAUAUUGAUGGGUGCUGAAAGAAAAACUAUGGUUUUAACCGAAGCAACUAGGAGGGCGACUGCAUACCACGAGGCAGGGCACGCUAUUAUGGCGUUGUAUACUCCGGGUGCCGUUCCAUUAUACAAGGCAACAAUCUUGCCUAGGGGCAGAGCUCUAGGUAUUACUUUCCAAUUACCAGAGAUGGACAAAGUAGACAUAACCAAAAAGGAAUGCCUUGCUCGUUUAGAUGUUUGUAUGGGUGGUAAGAUUGCCGAGGAGUUGAUUUAUGGUAAGGAAAAUACCACAAGCGGAUGCGGUUCCGAUUUACAAAAUGCUACUAGUACUGCAAGGGCGAUGGUUACCCAGUAUGGGAUGAGUGAUCAUGUGGGGCCGGUUAACCUUGCAGACCAAUGGGAAACUUGGUCUGAUAAAAUCCGCGACAUUGCUGAUAACGAGGUCGUUGAGCUUUUAAAGGCUUCUGAGGAAAGAACCAGAGAUGUCCUCUCUGAUAAGAAACACGAGCUGCAUAGAUUAGCCCAAGGUUUAAUGGAGUACGAAACUUUGGACAGCUUCGAAAUACAAAAGGUUUGUAGUGGUGAAACGAUUAAUAAGGGUAAAAAAGCUACAAAUAAAGUAGUCGAGGGACCGGACAGUGACGAACGUAAAGGGUUUGGAGGUGAUAAAUCUAAGAUACCUGUGUUGAUCAAUGCAUAA